AUGUAUGACCGUAAAUCAGCAGCCAGUGGAUUGGAACAACUAAGACGUCGGGCCACCGACAUGGGUACAUUAGCUCGAAGAGGCUCUUUGGAGAGACAAAACAAGAGACGAUCAUGGUCCCCCGAUCAUUUGGCAACGAGUCUUGAUUCCUUCCGCCCCAUCACUUUGACUAUGUCUUCGUUUUUCAAACAAGAAGGAGAUAAACUGAAAGAUGAGGAUCUGUACAAAAGUCUGCAGGAGCUGAAGAGGCCAACUUUGAUUCUGAAGAAGUUGAAAUGUAUUCCUUCGACGCUAAAGCUAGAAAUUUCUCCGUGUCCUGUGGAAGUGAAAAAUUGUCUGACUACUGAGUUGGCCAAACUGCAUCCCUAUCCCGACGAGAAGAGCAGGCCACUGAAAGAACUCCUGGAGUUUCCAGUGAAAGAAGUGCUAGUUCCUCAUUACACUUAUAGAAAUUUACUCUUCGUCUCGCCAAAAGAGCUGAAUUUCUCCAAUCGUACUGGCUCUGCUAGGAAUUUGGCUGUACGUAUACAGCUGAUGGCUGGCGAAGACGAAAAACACGCCCUCUUCAACAUAUUCGGGAAAUCCAGUUGUCCUGAAAUGACAAACGAGGCGUACUCUGCAGUGACGUAUCACUGUAAGAAUCCAGUGUUUUACGACGAGGUGAAGAUCAGGCUUCCUGCAGCUCUUGCAGAUAAUCAUCACUUACUUUUCACGUUCUAUCACAUCUCUUGUCAGAAGAAGAUGGAGCAAAAUACUGUAGAUACGCCUGUGGGAUAUACUUGGUUGCCGUUAUUGAGAGAUGGUCGUUUGGUUUCUGGAGAAUUCUGUUUACCGGUAAUGUUAGAACCGCCUCCUUGUAACUACAGUUACAUUCCACCGGAUGUGUGCUUGCCUGGCACCAAAUGGUUGGAUAACCAUAAAGGUUUAUUCACAGUCACUUUGGAAACCGCUUCAUCUGUGCAUACUCACGAUCCACCGGUUGAAAGAUUUUUCACUGCCUAUGAUUUUGUCCAUACUGGUAUUAUUCCACAAAGGCUAGGCGAGGUUGGAACAGAAACUUUUAUUUAUAUGUCGGCUAUGUUGGGAUUAUCUGGGGCCAAACCUGAAACGAUUCUGAAACAUCUUCCAUUGCUAUUUGACAACAUCAUUGAGUUGCUGGUUCAGCCACCUAGGCUUUCCGGACAUACUUUAAACGUUGGACAUACCUGUUUCGAAGCCAUUUGUUCGUUGUUGGAUAAAAUAUCGAAUGUUCCAGAGGUACCAGUCGAUCAGCAUGGCCGCAAUCAACUUUUGGCAACGUACAUCCAAUAUCAGUGCAAUAUGCCCCACCCUUUGUACAAUCAAAACUCGCCCGAGUUUGAUGGAAACUCUACACUCACACGUAGUAGUUCUAACCCUGAUCUAGAAGUAGCCCACGUACAGUAUUCCAGAGGGCUUGAUCGAGCGGCAAGCAUGCGAGUCCCCACGAAUGAACCGAUCAGUCCAAAUUCGUCAACUUGUCACAAAAUCGUCCACCAAGAAUUGGCUUUGCAAUGGGUGGUUUCAAGUGGGCGUUCCAAAGACCUAGCCAUGCAGAAUGCUUGGUUCCUCUUUGAGUUGGUCGUGAAAAGUAUGGUGGAACACCUCUCGCAUACCAGAAGCCUCGACGCACCAAGGAAGUUGCGGUUCUCCGAACAAUUCCUCGACGACAUCUCUCAGUCUUCACUUCAUAGUAAGGCAGUGGACACCGUCAGACUACUAUUAUCAUGGCAUGAUAGUGAUCCGAGGUAUAACACACCAGAAGCUCGCCAAAGAGUGGCAGCUCUGUAUCUACCACUUUUAUCAAUCGCCAUGGAUGUUCUCCCACUGCUGCACCAUUUCAGUGCUGACAAAACCCAGUAUAAUAAUGAAGAUGUCGCUCCCAGCAAUAUCAAUCAAACGGUUGCCAUGGCGAUUGCUGGAAAAUUACCUCCAUCUACUUGUGAUACCUUUCCAAGUCUACAAUCACGCAAAGUUAGUAUCAGUGCAGACAUAACGAGGAGUAUACUAACUUGUGUUUUGUGGGUUUUGAAAAACAUCGAGAGGGACUCCUUGUCUCAGUGGUUGGGCGAACUAACCUCGACCAGGUUAGCUACUCUCCUUCAUUUGUUGGAUGCUUGCGCCAGCUGCUUUGAAUAUAAGCCCAGAAGGAGGGCCCCACCUCCUUCUGGGUAUGCCCACGCUCAGGGCACUCAAGAUAUGAGGUCGAGACUGGAGGAUGUCAUUCUUGGGCAGGGCUCUGCUAGGGAAAUGAUGCAAAGAAGAAAAGGAGGUUCUUCGCAAGCAACGGAGAAAGUUCGUUGGAGAAAAGAGCAGAUGUUGUACAGGCCGAUUUCAGAACAGAUCGAUCGCCCUCGAGAUGAUCUCAUAAACGACAUACAUUUAGAAGGACACUUUGCUACGGAAGCCUCUUUCAUAAUAUUGGAUACCUUAGAGAGAUGCGUUGCUACCAUUUCUCAGUGGGACUCGCAACAGCAUCUAGUAGGUCUUGCUCUGACAGUUUUGCUGCAUGCGCUCGGUAAAAACCAAAGUACUACUGUGUUACCUCACAUGUUCGCUUCUCAGCGUAGUUUGGUAUUCAAG